UGAGGGUAUAAAAGAGGAACAGGAAUGCUCCAUCAGUACAGACUACAGACUGGAGACAUGCUGAAGUUGAUCCUGUUGAGUGUUCUCACAAUCCUGGUUCUGACUGAGGACCUGGUGCUCCAGCCCAGAUACCUGGAAGAUGUACCUCAGACCAGAGUUGUAGGUGGUGAGGUUGCCAGGCCCCACUCCUGGCCCUGGCAGGUCUCUCUCCAGGUCCAGUCUGGACGCACCUUCUUCCACACUUGUGGAGGUUCUCUGAUCAGGACGGGAUGGGUCAUGACAGCCGCCCACUGUGUGGACCGACCGAGGACUUGGCGUGUGGUUCUAGGAGAACACAACCUGGACAGCAAUGAGGGAACAGAGCAGAUCAUCAGUGUCAGGGAGGCCUUCGUCCAUCAACAGUGGAACCCCAACAGUAUAUCUUCAGGGUUUGACAUCGCCCUGCUUCAACUGUCCACUGAGGCCACCCUGAAUACUGCUGUCCAGCUGGCUGUUCUCCCUCCCUCUGAUCAGAUCCUGCCCAACAACAACCUGUGUUACAUCACUGGAUGGGGACUCACCUCCUCUGGAGGUUCUCUGUCUAACAGCCUAAAACAGGCUUAUCUGCCCAUCGUUGACCUCCAGACCUGCUCCAGUCCUGCCUGGUGGGGAUCCGGAGUUAAACCCACCAUGAUCUGUGCUGGUGGAAGAUUCAACUCUGGUUGCCAGGGUGACUCUGGUGGCCCCCUGAACUGCCAGGUGGGGGGGAGGUACUACGUCCACGGGGUGACCAGCUUUGGUCCUGCCGCUAGAUGCAAUACUUUCCGCAAGCCAACCGUCUUCACCCGCGUGUCUGCCUACACUGACUGGAUCAACAAUAUCAUUGGUUGAAAAGGAGCGUGGUCUUGGAAACAGACAGUACUCAGGACACUGUUCCAAAUUCACUAACAAUCAUAUGCAAACAAAUCCAGAGUCUACUCUAGAAAUUCAGUAAAUUCUAAUCUUAUCUGGAGUAAUCCUAUACGUCUACUGUUUGCUGUACAGUCAGAAUUCUGGGUUAAAGUUAAGAUGGAGAUUGUGUCUAUUACCGUAUUUGAGAUAAACAAAAAGUAUAUAUAUGGAAUAUUUGCACAAUUGACAUAGUUAUUGCAAUCUUCAUAUUGAUUUUAUUAGAUUAAUAUUAAAAUCAGGAUGGUUUCUUGUUUCCAAUUCUCCAUAAUGAAUUUCAUAGCAAUAUCUAUCAGGGCGCACUGACAAUGUAUCAGUCCUAAAACUACCUUCAACUACAUUCAAAUUAGAACAUUCAAAAUACUAGACAUAUUUGGUUUGAGUGGCUCAAUGUCCUUAAAAAGUUGUUGCUAGAAAUGCCAAUACUAGAACAGAUGUUAUUCCUAUUCUACUUGUUACUGAGGCAUCACACUUCUAACUGAAUGUUAGAUAAAACAUUUAGGUUUUCAAAUUUUUUCAACGUUAUUAUUGUUAAAGAUCAAUUUAUUAUUCUUAUUUAUCCAUUAUUCUGCAAAUUAACUGUAAUAGAUGGACUGUUUUAGACUAGGCCUGAAUUUCAUUUAGACUGUUUAUGGUUGCCACAUAUAGAAGAAGACCUAGUUCAGCAUGCCCUGUUCUUAGAAGUGAUUCUGACCACAACCAAGGCACCAGGGACUGGGGGUGUUUCUGACCAGGAGGUCUGUUAACUCUGACCUAGAACUAUGGUUGCCAUGACAGUGUCGGGUUCCAUCUUGUUUUCCUAUUAGUAUGACGACUUGUUUUGUA